AGACAGUACCAGGAAGGGAAACGCUCAGGGGGCCCCAAGCCAUGGAUUGAGAUCUUGCCCCUUUGGAGACCACAGCCAAGACCUGCCCAGGAGCUGGGAUGCUUUCCUGAGCUGCUGGGGUUGGAGCCUGGGACCUCAGACCCAGGGCAGCUAUUCCAGGAACUGGAAGCCAAGCAACAACAGGUGCUCGGGAGGUCAUCAUGAUCGGCCCAGACCCCAGGCCUGCCCCUGGCUUGGCCCGGUGGGCUGAGAGCUACGAGGCUAAGAGCGAGCGCCGGCAGGAGACCCGUGAGAGCCGCCGCUGCCGCCCCAACGUGACCACUUGCCGCCUCGUGGGGAAGGCCCCGAGGACCCAGCAGAGGGAACAGCUCCGGAGAGCACGCCAGCAGCAGUUUUUCAGACGGAGGAACCUGGAGGUGGAGGAGAAAGGCGAGGCACAGAGCCCGCCGGCCAGGGAGCCAGGCCCCUCCAGGAGGGCAGGCCUGGCCACUGACCUCAAGGAGCCCUUGUCUUGGGCCAACAGGAUCUCUUCCCCCAGACAGCAGGUGUCAGGGACCAGUUCCGAGGUCUUUGCAACCCAACACCAUCCUCCUUCAGGCGCCUGGAGGGAUCCAGCUGGCCACCGCCCAACCCAGGCUGGUGGCCUUCCACCACAGGCCUCUUCCAUCAAGAAGGCACCCAAACACCACCGUGGCACUCAGACAAAGGCAGGAGAAACACCGUCAACAAUCAAGAAUGAUGCCAGUCAGCAAACCAAUUAUGGAGUUGCAGUUCUAGAUAAGGAAAUCAUCCAGCUUUCUGAGUACCUCAAAGAAGCCCUACAAAGGGAGCUGAUUCUAAAACAGAAAAUGGUGAUUCUCCAAGACCUGCUGUCUACCUUGAUUCAGGCCUCUGACAGCACUUGGAAGGGCCAGCUUAAUGAAGACAAAUUGAAGGGCAAACUGAGAUCCUUAGAAAACCAACUGUACGCCUGUACCCAGAAAUACUCCCCUUGGGGAAUGAAAAAGGUGCUAUUAGAGAUGGAAGACCAGAAAAACAGCUAUGAGCAGAAGGCCAAGGAAUCACUGCAGAAGGUGCUGGAGGAGAAAAUGAGUGCAGAACAGCAACUGCAGAGCACACAGCGGUCCCUGGCUCUAGCUGAGCAGAAGUGUGAAGAGUGGAAGAGCCAGUAUGAGGCUCUGAAGGAGGACUGGAGGACCCUGGGCACUCAGCACAGAGAGCUGGAGAGCCAGCUCCAUGUGCUUCAGUCCAAACUGCAGGGAGCAGACAGCAGAGACUCACAGAUGAACCAGGCCCUACGACUUCUGGAGAGCGAGCACCAAGAGCUGCAGGCCAGGAUUGAAUGCCUGCAGGAGGACAGAGACCUGUGCAGCUCGGACACCCAGCACCUACAAGAUCAACUAAAGAGGUCAGAGGAGGAGAAACUCGCUCUGGUGACCAAAGUACAGCAGCUGCAGAGUCUGCUUCAGAAUCAAUCCUUACAGCUUCAAAAACAGGAGAAACUCUUAACAAAGAAAGAUCCAGCUCCCCAGGUAGAAACUAUGUCACAUACAACAGUCACCUCACUCUCAGCCCUCAAGUCUGCUGCCCCAGCUUCCUGAGAACUCACCACACAUCUGAAGGGGGCGAAAGCGCCUCCCUUGCUCCCUGCACGUGGCCAUGUUUUCUCAUAACGAUCACUGGGAAACACAUAAAGCAGGGAUUACUGUGCCCACAUAGGAUGGGUAAGAAAAUGAAGGUAAAUGAAGGUAGCUGGUCGUACAAAUUAAGGCUACAGCUAUGACAGCAAUCCAGAAUUUCUGACUCCCAGUCCAGGGCUCUCUUCACCAAGAUGCAGACUGCCAAGGGGCUGAACAACCAGCUUUAACUUCAUGAAGAUGAAUUCUAGGUUAUGAUUGCCAUUCUCACCAUUUUGAAACAAGAACAGAAGGAAAAUGGAGUUAUACUGAAGAAUCCAGGAAACCCACUAGACUAAAAGAUGUGACCUGCAACCAAAGAAGCUAAAUAAGCAUUUUCUAAAACCAUCUGGCAUUCAGCAGGACUAACGAUAGAGAAAAGAUACCAACCUUGCCCUCGAGGGGCUCCAAUUCCAGCUCUCUGUCCAGGCUGAGCAGGUCCCAAUGAGAGUUCUUUAAAAAUCAGAGAACGGCCAGCCAUGCAGUGUGGCCAGCGACAGGCUCCUCCUUUUCCCUCUCCCCCCAAACGGUUCUCUCGGUGUCAGGA